GUCCGGCACAGACCGGUGUCUGAGCGCGCGAGGCGGCAACAGCAUCAUCCUGAGCUGACAAAAGCCGUUUCGGCGCUCUACUGAGCAGUGAGUGGUGAGGCAGCAGCGGUUGGGCGCUUGCAGCAUUUCCUCUUCCUGACUGCUGUGUGGAGGAAGACAGCAUUUGCUCGGAGUACUUUCAUCAACUGGGCCACAAAGCAUCCACGCUGAGGAGAUCACCGAGGAAACAAGCCCUAAAACCAAACACUGUAUGAAGAAUUUCCUGACAGCGCAGAAAUGCUCAAAGCGGGUGGUACUAAAGCGGGGCUGCCCAAGCCAGGAACCCAGGAGCGAGUAAGGCACACCUCUCUGGCCUCUCCAUCCUCCACCUCUACAGCCACGAAGACCUCCAGAUUCUCCAGCAUGUCCGCCUCCGAUCAACGCAACAGCAAGCUGAAAAGAGCCAGCAGUGAUGAUGCCUUAGCAAAGCCGGCACAGGGAGCUGCUGCCUCAGGAUCCCGACUGAAGAAGACUGUGACCUCAGGAGCCAUCUCUGAUCUGGCAGAGGCCCGCCCCCGCAGUGUUUCAAGCUCACAGAUGAUCAAGAAGUCUGGAAUCCCAGCUCCAAGAGAACCAGCUUGUUCCAUAAAUCGAGACCGUGUCUCUCUUAGGGAUCAGCAAAGGAGCUCUUCUGUUAGGAGGAUAGUUUCCAGCGCCAGCACCACUAGUCUUUCUACUUUGGCGAAGCAGUCGCGCAGUUCAACCAAGUCCCGUACAGAUGCAGAGGGCCAGGAAAGGAGCCACCUCGAGGGUCAGGUGAAGGAGCUUCAGGCGGAGACCAAAGCCAAAGACUUGGAGAUCAAAACUCUCCGACUGGAGCUGCAGCGCUGCAAAACCUCUCCAGGAUUUUCUUUAGCUUUAUCCAGCUCUGUGUCACAGCAACAGUCUGCGACUGCCAGUCAAGAAGGAGAGGUGGCUGAGGCCCUCGUCUUAGUUGGGGAGCUUAGGGAGAAAAAUAAGAAGUUUCAAAGAGAGUUGGCAGACCUUCGAGAAGAAAACCAGACUCUGAAGGAGAAACUGCUUUGCUUAGAGGCUUCUCCUCUGUCUAGUACAAACACAAGCUCCAAGCCUUUGAUAAAUGGCCUGACAUCGGACUCCUCAGUCACCCCAGAGGACAGAACAGGACACCUCUCCCCUGCUAGCCCACUUAAAACCUCUGUGUCCUGCAGUUUUGAUGUUACAAAGGACUCUACAUCCCCUGACUCCUCCGAGUUUGAGAAGAUACCAUUCUUCUCAGAGUUGGGGAGCAGUGGUGAGGCUGGGGAAGCUGUUGCAGGAGGUGCAGACAACAAUGCUGCAGGUGCAGGUCUGUCAGUGCAGAGCCUAACAGAAAAGAUCAACAAGAUGGAGGAAAGCCAUCACAGCACGGCAGAGGAACUACAGGCAACUCUGCAGGAGCUGUCUGAUCAGCAUCAGGUGGUGCAGGAGCUAACCGCUGAGAACGAGCGUCUGUCAGAGGAGAAGCGCCUCCUGCAGACCUCAUUGCAACAGCAGAGAGAGCGUGUGGAGGUGCUGACCCAGAAGAAUGAAAUGCUUUCUCUUAGACUUCAGGAGCAAGACCACGCUCAGGCUCAGAGGGAGGAGGAGCUCAGUAAACAAGGACCCAGACUAGCUGAACUGGAGCAACGGUAUGCUGAAGUGGUGAAUAGCUCUCGCUUUGAACGCGAGAAAUUAGUGAACAUUCAACAGCAGCUGACAGGCAGCCUGCGAGCCCUGGAGGAAGAACACCAGGUGACCCAAGGUGAGGUGUGUUCCCUUGAAGAGGAGAGAAACAGACUGCAGGCCGAGUUGGAGAAGGAGAUGGAAAGCAAAGGUCAGGCAUCCCAAGCUGCAGAUGAGCACAGGGCGACAGCAGAACAUCUGCGAUUGGAGAACAGCAGGCUGAAGGCACAGGUGGAUAUCGAAAGGCAAAAGCUUGCUGAGCUGAAGGCCAUGCAGAGUGCCAGUGACAGCACAGAGCUGCAGAGUUUACUGAAGACGGCCCAUGCUGAAAGAGACCGGCUGGAGGUGAUGCUGACGGAGCUGAGACAGGAACUGCAUCAGGCGCACGCUCAGACCGAGCAGGUCCGCGCCUCACUAUCCAAGGUGGAGCUCAAAUGCCAAAAUAUUCAAGACCAGGCCAACGCAAAAGAGCGAGAACUCCUAAUCAGAGUGAAGGCCCUUGAAGAAGCCGGGAUCCAGGCAGAGAACCAGGUGAAGGAGCUGAAGGAGACCAUCUUUGAGCUGGAGGACCAGGUGGAGCAGCAGAGGGCUGUCAACUGUCAUACCAGCCAAGCUGUGCUUGACAUGGAGAAUCUUGUCAAGAAACUGGAGGAGCAAAAAGCUGAUACCGAGAAACAGCUGAAAACUUUAAACAAACAAAUAAAGGACGAGAAGGAGGAGUGGCGCCGGUUUCAGGCAGACCUGCAGACGGCGGUGGUGGUGGCCAACGACAUCAAGGUUGAGGCUCAGCAGGAGCUGCGAGCGCUCAGGAGGCAGCUGGAAGAGGAGCAGGAUCGUAGCGCCAAGCUUUCUGCUGACCUGGAAGCCCUGCAGGGAGUCAGGUCUCAAGGUGAUGAGGUGAGGGUAUCCGAGUCUGAAAACAGCCCUCUCUGGUGCGGCAUCUCUGUGAUCCCCACCACAUCUCUCGACGCCAGCACAGAUGCCAACACAGAGCCUGGAGCUACUGUUAAAUCCCUCAUAAAGUCCUUUGAUACUGUUGGACAGAAUGGACCGGUUCAGAUGCAGUCCUCGUCAAGAAGCCCGCUAAGUGGGAUCCCUGUUCGAACUGCCCCCGCCGCUGCCGUCUCACCCAUCCAGAGACACUCACACAUAAAACCACUGUCAAAAACGCUGGAAAAAAGGAUCAAUCAUGGGGAAUUUUCCCAUCCUUGUGAUAAAAUGCUGAACUUCGGGAAGGAGUUAAAACCCAGUAGCCUAAUGAGGAAAAGUCCCUCUCUGGAGUCAGUCAUCAAAGCCCCCGCCUUGCUCAGCAGCCGUACAGCGCCAUUCAGCUACAGCAGGGCUAACAGCAAGCUUAGUGUGGAAAGAAGAGACCCCUUGGCUGCACUGGCGCGGGAGUACGGAGGAUCUAAGAGAAACGCUUUACUGAAGUGGUGCCAGAAGAAAACAGAAGGCUAUCCGAACAUCGAUGUGACCAACUUCAGCAGCAGCUGGAGCGACGGCCUGGCUUUCUGCGCCCUGCUGCACACGUAUCUGCCUGCCCACAUCCCUUACCAGGAACUCAUCAGUCAAGAUAAGGUCCGGAAUCUGACCCUGGCUUUCCAGGCCGCUGAGAGUGUUGGCAUCAAACCCUCCCUGGACAUAGAGGAGCUGAUGAGGACCGACAGGCCGGACUGGCAGAGCGUCAUGCUGUAUGUCUCCCAGAUCUACAAAUACUUUGAGACCUGAGCUACAGCGGAAGAAAGGAGGACAUGUUUAACAAUGAAUCUGUGGUCAGGAUUGCAGCAUACUGUAAGCUGCACACAGGAAACACAUUUUGAAUUUUGUGCAGAUUUAAGCUCGGAUAAGAUUUUAGGUUUGUCGAAACUGAGAGCUUUGAUGAGCAGAGAUUACAGACUUUCAUCACAGCGUCUGACUGAGAUUCUCUACUUGUGUGCAUGUUUGUUACCUCAAUGAUCAAAAAAAAAAACGGAAUUAUGUCAUGUUUCUCAGAAAUUACUUCUAAAAAUGUGCCAAAAUGUCCCACCAAAACAAGUUCUACCUGAUUAUCUGUGCAUGACCAGCCAAAUAGACAAAAACAUGCAGUUCAUCACUUUUGGGGAACUUUUUAGAAUCAGAUUCUCCUUGCAGAACGGAAAACUGAAUAUUCUUUCAAAAUGAGAAAAAUUAUCCUGCCAUCAGUGAUCUGAAAUGGAGCUGAGUUUUAUAGACAUAUUUUUAUGGAAAUAAACAAAUCUUCAGGUUUUGUUGUUGCAGUAUUAAUGAAUGAGUAAAUCAAAUCUUCACAUUUUACUUUCAAACAGCUGUUGUAAACUCUGCGUCUGUUUUGACUCUGAAACGGAGUUUCCAUGUUGCCGAAGACUUUUAUUUUGAAGGACAAAGUGUUAUUUAUGUAGGUACAUAUUGAAAGGUGGACAGGGUCCGUGUAGCUUUUCAGAGAGGGUGUGUUUUUUCUUAAUAAAGUAUUGUAUUUCAUUUA